CAGACACCCGACCAAACAUUCGAUCCUACCCUGCCGUUCCAUGGGUACUGUAGGCCGCCGUCCGUCCAUGUGCACGCUACUACCGACAUGUAGCACGUGAAUGCAUGAGAAGGACAUGGUUCGGCAUGCGCAGUCCGGUGCAUCAGGACAAGAUGGACCGCCCAUGACACUAAGAUUUCCACGAAGGCGCGCACCUCCUUUCUGCCGACAAAAACGCCUCUUGCAAUGAUAAAGCAGUAGCGAAUCAGAUGUUUCCAUGACGUUUAAUUGGAUACAUUUUAGCGAAUCAAACUCUCGUAGCAAAUCUCCAAAGUGGUUGGGAAAGGGACACGCGUGAGGGUCGUCAUGUGGCGGCGGCACUCCAAGGUUCUUCAUGCUGCAUUUUGUCCAUGGAAGCGACAUCCAUUGGCGACAAUGCUAAUGCAACAUGUAUCUACGUCUUCUGCAGCGAACGCCGCGUACAUCUCUCGUCUGCAGGACACCAUCCACGAACAUACAUCACUUGUCCACCCCGAUGCUCCGGGCGUGGCGCAGUUCCAUUACGAACGCGAGUUUCCUAUCUGGAAGAAGCAACAAGUUUCACUGCACAGCAUGCGCGAAGGUCAUGCGAAGACAAUCCUGCAAAAGUACGCGAAUGAAAGUACGUACCUCACUCAACGCACUACCCAGUCCAUCGCCGGCUCACCGUCGUGUAGACCUGUUAUGGCAAGAAGCCCGAGACCUCAAUGCUGCCCAACGACACGAUCUCGUCGUGGAUGUGCUGUACCGCGCUCUGUACUUGGGCGAACGCGACGCAGCCUGGCUUCCCCGCACCACCAGCCUCUUUGCCCAGCAGGUCCUCGUUGCUGCCUGCAACUUGCAUGAUGUGGCGACCGCCGUCCAGGCAGUUGACAUGCUGACAGCGUUGCCUCUUCACGCAGUCUCUCGCAAAGUCCUGCAGGAUGCUAGUCACGCGGUGACUCAUCUCUGCCUCCAUCACGACGAUGCGACCACCUUGACCGCCGUCCUCGACGCCAUCGAACCGGCUCACGUAACCCUCGACGCUUCUACGUCCGAACAGGUCGUUUCUUCCCUCCUUCGCAAUGAGGGCCCCCUCCUCGACACCCACAAGCGCAUUGUGAGUCUGUACAACGCGGGAACGUGUGCAUCUUCCCUCGCCGUCGACACGCAUGUCCUCUGGUCCCUCCUCACGCUUCUCCGAGCUGAAGAAGCAUCAUCUUCACGUGCCAGCACCGCCAUGAACGGUGUCGACCCCCAUCUCCAACUCGUCGAGUUGUACCGCAACAUGCAAGCCGAGUAUGGCCUUACCGACCCCGACGUUGGCAACUAUUUGGUCUCGGACAGCUGCAAGGAGGCAAGGACACCCAAAACACAAGGUCGAGUGUCGUCCAUCGCUCUGUCGUACAUGCGCGACCAGGGCUUCCCUGCUUCGGUGUCUACCACUCUGAACGUGGUGAUGGCCAUGCUAGCUUCCGACGACGCAGACGCCUCUUCUGUUUGGGACACCCUGUUUAACGACCACGAUGCGGCCGUGUUUCCCUGGUCCACGCAGCAUGUGUCGGCCGCCCUCAGCGCCGCCGCCCUCCACGGCCACUCCGCCGCCGCCAUGGCCCUUGUCCAUAGAGCCCAGUUGACUCGGCUACCUCUUCUGGACGUGAGCUACGGCCAUGCCGUCGCCACUGCGUCCGAUCCUCGGCUGCGCUCGGCGUUUGUUGACCAGUAUAAAGCGGCCAACCAAGCGGGAGAUGUGGUGAUGGCCUGCCAAGAUGACGAGACCCAUGUCGGGUUUCAUUGGAGUGGCGCGUUGCUCCACCACAUUGCCGCCACACAUGAGCAACUGGCUAAGGAUGUCGUGCCCAUGCUGCUCCAGGAAAUGCAAUACUACGGCAUUGCCGCCUCGGAGCGCGACAUGGCCGCUGUCCUCUCGACUCUGACGUCAGGGACGUUGUACGACCUGUACGAACGAUUUCCUCGCGUCGUCAAGGCCGCGCCGAAAGCGUGGGCGGCCGCCAUGCAAGCGCGGGUUCUGCCUGCAUCGUCAGACGAGUCGACCCUGGAUGACGCGAUGCAAUUGUGGCGCUGCUUUGUGUGGACGGAAGCGCUCCAAGUGGACGAGUCGGUGUUUGCGGCCUUGUAUUACGUGGCACUGCGACGGACCAGCACGUGGCACUUGGCAGACGAAGUGAUGACCCAGUACACGACGCGCCACCGCACCAAGACGACAACCAGCACCAGCAGUAGCUGCAGGCUCGUGGAACAGGCGUUGGGCCAUGCCGCCGACGCCGUCGACCUGCCGACGACCAAGCGACUCCUGCGGCAAUGGACGGCGCACAACGAACGGCUGAGCCGCGAUGCCGUCGCAUGCGUGUUCCGCACUGUUGGUCAAGUCCGAUCGACACGCCAACCGCACGUCCAGGACGAGUCGCUGUCGUACUUUAGCCUCAUGGUCGAGUUCCCAGGCCUGUUUCCGCUCGACCCCACGACCGUGUCCAACGCGUUGGUGCUGUCGGCACAAGCCGACUUGUACUAUGACUGCCAAGCACUUCUGACGAUGGCGAUGGCGAAUGGCGUGGACUUGACCCCCGAAGCGCGGUUUGCGUGCGUGGAGCUGUUGACGCGGACGAACGGGGUCGAGUCGUCGGGAGAUCGGCAGCAAUUGCUCGCGACCGUGCGGCAGCUGUGGCAGAACUCGUCCAAGGAACGAGUAGAUUCCAUCCAAGGUCUCCGAUAAUGCAAAAUGAAGUCUCGUGGUCUGACCUACUGUAGUUAUGUAGUACCGGUCAGUAUCCAUUGCUUGUUGAUUGUAAUGACA